AUCAUACAUACUUCAUAUUCAGGUGAAAUGACAGACUCCUUUAAGGAAACAUCCACACCGACCCAGUCAACAGCAAAAACACCGCCGGUAGCCACCCGAUGUUCACCACGUGCUAAAACCAUGAAAUCUCUCGUUGAGCCUUCAUCUAGAGCGUCGAAGAUCAAAUGGACAAGUGCUAUGGACCAGAUACUGUUCGACACAUUCCUCGAACAAGUCGCACUGGGCCGUAAGGCUGAUAACGGCUUCAAGCGGGAGGGGUACCAGAUUGCGGCCGACAAAGUUAUAAAGCACACUGAGGUAAUUGUCACAUGGCAAAACGUGUCCAAUCGAUUGAGAUAUUACAAGCAAGAGUAUAUUGUGGUAAAGGACAUGCUGGCAGCGAGUGGCUUCGGUUGGGAAUCUGAGAGGAUAGUUGUGACAGCCCCUGAUGAAGUCUGGGAGCAAUAUCUUAGGUCUCACCCAAAUGCUGUAAGACUCCGCGGUAAACGAAUUAACAGGAUGGAUGACCUCGCAGUGAUAUGCGGAUCCGACCAGGCCACGGGCCAUUACAUACAAGGCAGCAAGAGUAUGGCUACAUCGACAUCUUCUUCUUGUCUGCAGCGAGACCUCAAUGAAGCAUGGAAUUCUGUUGAUGACGAUAUGGAUGAUACGAUAGAUCUAUCAGAGGAUUAUGUAACAGACUCCAUAGGGACCAUUCCAUUACCAUCGGACAGUCCUGCGAUGGGACAUCACGGGUCCCGUGGCACUCCCACUCGUACUCCUGAUUCCAAUGGUACUCGUUGAGGGAUAGUAACAAGGAAACAAUCGUGCCCGGCUCGUCCAUGUGAUGUACUUGAGGCCUCAUUAAAU